UAACACGGUGGCUAUAUAUAAAGCUCUGCGCUGGAAGCUGAAGUACACAGACAGCUGCGACAGUAGAGAGUUUCACAUUCCCAGUGUGCUGACGGUCUGGAAGAAAGGGAGACCUGCGAGCCCCGCUUUGAGAAAGUUUCUUUACCAAAGGCACACAUACAGAUAUAUUUGUAAAUAGACACAAAAGAAAGCUUAGGGAAGAAAAGGAGUUCUUACUCUCCACCAUGGGUUUGCCUUUUGAUCAAGUGGAAGAACUGCGUCUCUACCAGCAAACCCUCCUCCAGGAUGGACUCAAAGACAUGUUGGACCACAACAAGUUUCUGGACUGUGUCUUGAAAGUGAAGGGAAAGGAGUUUCCUUGCCAUCGGCUGGUGCUGGCAGCCUGCAGCCCCUAUUUCCGGGCAAUGUUCCUCUCGGACAUGGAAGAGAGCAAGAAGAGGGAGGUCAGCUUGGAAGAUGUCGAUCCAGAUGUCAUGGGCAAGAUCCUCCAUUACAUCUACACCUCUGAGCUGGAGAUCACAGAGCAGAAUGUUCAGGACAUCUUCUCUGUGGCCAACAUGUUCCAGAUCCCCUCCAUCUUCACUGUCUGCGUGUCUUUCUUGCAGAAGCGCCUUUGCCUCAGCAACUGCUUGGCUAUCUUCAGGCUGGGCUUGAUGCUGGAUUGCGCCCGGCUGGCUGUGGCAGCUCGAGAUUUCAUCUGCGAUCGCUUUGCACUGGUCUCUCGUGAUGAGGAAUUCUACCAGCUCUCUCCCGAUGAGCUCAUCGCCAUCAUCUCCAGUGACUCCCUCAACAUUGAGAAAGAGGAAAAUGUCUUUGAAGUGGUGAUGAAGUGGGUGGGCACCAAGGACCAGGAGAGCCGGCAGAAGGCCCUGCCUGUUGUCUUUGAAAGCAUUCGCUUCCGCCUCAUGCCCAAGGACUACAUCAAGGACCACGUGGAGAAGCAGGCUGUGGUGAAGUCCAGCCCAGAGCUGCUCAAGAAAUUGCAGAUGGUGAAGGAUGCCCAGCAAGGCAAAUUCACCGUGGUGAAGAAGAAGAAAGUGAAGAAAAGCGAUGAAAAGCAAGCAAAAGGCAAUGUUGUCAAUGGAGCAAUAGAUGAGGAGGAAGAGACAGAGGAGGAUGUGCUUCCGGGGAUCUUAAAUGACACGAUGCGCUUUGGGAUGUUCCUCCAGGACCUCAUUUUCAUGGUGAGCGACAGUGGAGCAGUGGCCUAUGAUCCCACUGCCAACGAGUGCUAUUUUGCCUCCCUGUCUGCUCAAAUCCCAAAGAACCACGUCAGUCUGGUGACCAAAGAGAAUCAGAUCUUCAUUGUCGGAGGACUGUACUACAAUGAGGACAGCAAAGAGGAUCCCAUGAGUUCCUACUUCCUACAGUAUGACCAUCUGGACUCGGACUGGCUGGGGAUGCCCCCCUUGCCCUCCCCUCGCUGCCUCUUUGGCCUGGGAGAGGCAGAAAACUCCAUUUUUGUGGUCGGAGGGAAAGAGCUGAAAGAGGGAGAGCAGACCUUGGAUUCAGUGCUGUGCUACGACCGCCUGUCCUUCAAAUGGGGUGAAGCUGAUUCCCUUCCCUACGCAGUCUACGGCCACGCAGUGGUAUCACACAAGGACCUUGUCUAUGUCAUUGGAGGCAAAGGAAGUGACAAGAAGUGCCUGAAGAAGAUGUGUGUCUACAACCCCAAUAAGUUCGAGUGGAAGGAGCUGGCUCCCAUGAAAACUGCUCGUUCCUUGUUUGGAGCCACUGUGCACAAAGACAAAAUCUACGUGGCAGCUGGUGUGACCGACUCUGGAUUGACCAACUCAGUGGAAGUGUACGACAUUGCCACCAACAAGUGGGAGACCUUCCCUGAGUUCCCUCAGGAGCGCAGCUCGGUCAGCCUGGUGAGCCUGUCUGGGGUGCUCUACCUGCUUGGAGGAUUUGCCACGGUGGAGACGGAGUCCGGGGAGCUGGUGCCAACAGAGCUGAACGACGUCUGGAGAUACGAUGAAGAGCAGAAGAAGUGGGAAGGGGUCCUCCGUGAGAUCCAAUAUGCCUCUGGUGCCACUUUCCUUCCCGUGCGCCUCAAUGUUUUGCGGCUAACGAAGAUGUAGCAUCAUUUCCUUGCUUCAGUGGGCAGGGAGGGAUGGGGAGUGGCAGGAGAUGUAGUUUCUCUAGAUACUGUGCAGGACAUUGUGUCUGUGAUUGGUACCAUUUCACUGAGUCAAAUGGGAGAGGGGGAAAAUUGACUUGAAGCAUUAUGGCAACUUGCUGAUGCUCAGAAGGUAACUAAAAAAGGAUUUUGCUGGGGAAGACAAACAAACAUGGAGCAAUGCGCUAAUCCAGCCUCAACUGGCAGAACAAAGAGAUUCCUCUCUUGUUCCACUUCUUUCUCCAUGUUUUUUCCAAUCUUCUCCAGCCAUCAGUGGAGCUACAAGGGGGUUCUGAAGGCAUUAAGUUUCUCCAGACAAAAGGGUCUCUGAUACGUUUCCUCACCUCAGGCAGCCGCAGGUUUUGUGCUACAAAGCACUUCAGAGGGGAAAGGGAGGUAGUGCAGGUCAGAUCUGGGGGACUCUGAGGAGUUCCCACGUGGUGGAGGUCAUAGAGAUGAGAAGGCUGUAAGAAAAAAGGCUCGUGAGCACUGGCAGCAGAAAUUCCUUCAACAUUACAAUGAACAGGAAAAAAAAUUAGUUCUUCACCUCCAUCCUGACUUUGCAUUGAAGAGAUGCAAGGAGGUAAGGGCUGCAAGAGGGGCUACGGGUAUGACACUCAUCUCCAUCCCUUAGGGCUCCUUGCAGUCAAUCACAGACUACAACAUCCUCAUGUAUAGAGAGACAAGUGCUUUUCUUUAGGGAAAGGUUUUAUAUUUAUGCUUUCAUUUUUAUCGUUACAAACUUUUUUUUUUUUUAAAGCACUAUUCUAAUUUGCAGAAUUCUUGGAGAUCUCAGCAGUGUUUGGCUCAAAUAGAGCUUCCUGCUGAGACAAAAUGCAUUGUGUUCUGUUUUGUUUUGUUUUUUAAGUGAUCAUGAUGAUGUUUUCUUAGAAACACGGCUGUACCAGCAGCAGGACAGAGAUGUGUUAGACCAAAAAUCUAACCAUGUCCAUGCUGAGUGACCUGCAGUUCAUUUCAGAAUAAAUCUUGACAAUAUUUCCCCCCAAAUUUCCUUUCUCUGAAUGUUGAUGGAGCUGUAAAUGGAUGUGCACAGCAACCAAAUGCAAGGACUGAGAAAAAGCUGUGAUGAGAAGCCUGGAGAAAUCCAGCCCCACGGGGAGCCCCAGAUUUUCCCCCAUUUCAGAGCAGAAGCUUUAGUGCUCGUGUCCUCAAAGCUUUUCUCAGUAGACAGAAGAACUAGAAACUUAUCUAGGAAGAGAAAUACCAGCUGGAUGCCUACAGCAUCACGUGGUGCAGCAAACAGGGGUGAUCGUAACGAAAAAGAACAAAUGCGGAUCUUGUAAACGAAUGCCCUCAAAGCAGCACAAACUUUAUGCUAUCAGAAGCUUGGCUGAUUCGUCCAGCUCAACACGCAGCCUUGAGAAACUGAAACCAGUUUGGAAGUAAAGACGUUUUUCCACGAGUAAAGGAGCCAGAGAUUUGUCCUGCCUUCACCGUAAGGAUUUUCUAAGAAUUACAGGAUAAUCUCCUUAGAAGACGAUUAUGUCAGAAGAGCAAUGAAACGUUUUCACGAGAAAAAUAAAUCUGAAGGGACUGGCUGGCAGCUGAUAGCAUUAAAAAGGAAAAAAAAAAUUAAAAAUAAAAAAAAUAAGCAACCAAAAUGUUCGAAACAACCAAACAUGAAGAAAAAAUCUGUGGCCAAACAAACCAAUAAAUGAAUAAAUAAACGGCCACCCUCCCUCCAGUUCUGGAGAAAUUCCCAUGGAAGGCUCCCAGGCCAUUAUAAUGGCUUGUGUCAGAAGUGGAAAGAGCCUGGAAUUCAAAAAUGAAGUCAUGUGUUGCAGGGGUGGGACAACACCUCCUGCCUGGGGCUGGAAACCAGUAGCUCAGCAGUUCUUGCUGGUUGCAGAAUGGAAACCUGUUGUUGCUUGGUCCUGAGGGAGGGUUCCUCCCCAUGGUUCCUCUCCUCACGGCUCAGCUGCUCCUGGGGGAAACGUGGGCCCUUUGAAGGCAAUGGCGUGGCCUUUUGAAGUCAUUGGGAGCACUGCUGCACUGUGUAAUUAGUGGUGUGGUCCCUUGAUAAUGGCUUGAGAAGCAGUGAUUAAGCCCAGUCAGCAUCCUGGUCCGCAUCCUCAGCUGCUCACCUUGCGCCUGUCUGCUGGGAGUUUGGUUAAUAGGAGCUGAGAACUCCCAUGUUGUUCACAUCCAUCACAAACUUUAGGAGGUACCACCUUCAGCACAGAGCAAGAGAAGAUAAAGCAGCAGUUUGAAAUCUCCCAUCAUGUAGGCAAAAAGGGCCAACGCCAGCCAGAGCUCGUCCAAGGAAGCCAGCACAUGGCCAAGCAAAAGUCUGGCCCAGAGACUGUCCAGCACCUCUCACCAAGAGGCUGUUACAGCCCAAAGACAACCUUCAGCAGACGAAUCAUCCAGCCUUCAGGGAGCCACCACUCCUUGCUGUUGCCCAGCAUCUUCCUUGCUAAGAUGCACACAACUCCAUCAGGACACGUCCCCUAUGGAAAUCUCCUCCAGCAAUGCUAGCUGAAAGGUUACAUCCCAAAGGUGCAGCAGAAUCAGCUCUUCUUCCAUUGGCUUCCCAGUAUCGGCGCCGGCCAGGUUCCCACAACUCCAUUUCAAAUCAAUAAAGAUGCUGGAUGCUUUUGGA